GCUUGGCUAGAGAGGGAGGAGCACUCAAAGCCUCCAACCCCUUCCCUUUCGAAAAUCCCUCCUCCAGUACUCCUUUUUUUUCUUAGACAAAUUAUUCGUAUUUUACAUACGUAAUUCUAUACGUAUAUACGGAUCAAGAGGCUUCUUGAUUGAGGUUUUAUUAGUAAGGAAUUAUAGAGCCUGACAUAAUUAUUGGAAUUUUGUUUGAAUGUGACCUGUGUGAACAGAGAUACUCUCUUUAAUUACUGAUUUUUGACCUUUUUAGAUUUUGAAUUUGGAAUCUGUUCAAUUUUUUGGUGUUCCUGUGAGGAAACUUGUAUAAGUCGUGUUGAUUGAUACGGAAAAUUGCGUUAAAUUAGUUCCAUUAUCUAAUGGAACAAAGUGAGGGAGGUGAUUUCCUUCCAAAAGGGCCGCAGCAAUCAGAUGCUACUCCGGCAGCUGCCGCGGAUUUUCCUGUGAGGAAGCCGGCGAGGCAACUGGAUUUUACGGGGUUCGGAGAUGGCGCAUCAUCAUCAGUGGGAUUGGCGUUGCCGGAGGUCUCUCAACCGCAACAAAUACAGACGCUGAGCCAUCUGAGCCAGCCUCUGCAGCAGCAGCAGCAGCAGCAGCCACGGUUAGUGAAGCCAAAAAAUCAGCCUCCAAAGGCGCCGCCGCUGCCACAGAUGCCAUUUGUGACAAUGCAACAAGCCCCACAAUCGGCUGCGGCAUCCUCUCAUCCUUCUAUGCGACCUGCUCUGAAACCCGAAUCCCCAAGAGCGCGGUCAAGGCAAAACCAAGCUGAAGUUAAAGACGGUACUCCAAAAAAGCAAAAGCAGUGUAAUUGCAAACACUCACGGUGUUUAAAGUUGUAUUGCGAAUGCUUUGCAUCUGGCGUAUAUUGCGAUGGAUGCAACUGUGUCAAUUGUCAUAACAAUAUUGAAAAUGACGAUGCCAGACGAGAAGCAGUUGAAGCUACACUGGAGCGUAAUCCACAAGCUUUCAGGCCAAAAAUUGCUAGCAGUCCACAUGGAGCUCGUGAUUGUAGGGAAGAAAUUGGGGAAGGUUUAGUCUUGGCAAAGCAUAACAAAGGAUGCCACUGCAAGAAAUCAGGAUGCCUCAAGAAGUACUGUGAGUGCUUCCAAGCAAAUAUUCUUUGUUCUGAAAACUGUAAAUGCUUGGACUGCAAAAACUAUGAGGGGAGUGAAGAGAGGCAAGCUCUGUUUCAUGGAGAUCAUGCCCACAACAUGGCAUACAUCCAGCAGGCAGCAAAUGCUGCCAUCACUGAUGCUAUUGGAACCUCUGGAUAUGGAUCUCCUCCAAUGAACAAGAAAAGAAAAGGUCAGGAACUCUUCUUUGGAUCAACAGUAGAAGAUCCUAUGCAGAAGCUCCGGCAUUUUCAACAGAAUACUUUCUAUUUACAGGCAGACCAAAUCAAGGCUUCCUUACCUUCCUCUUCAUUGCCAUUGAUUCCUGGUCCUUGUGCUGGUAAUGCAUUAACUUUGGGCCCUUCAAAAUUUACCUACAGAUCUCUCCUAGAUGGUAUCAUUCAACCCCAGGACUUGAAGGAACUUUGCUCAGUGUUAGUGGUCUACUCUGGAGAAGCUGCCAAGAUGCUUGCAGUACUUGAAAAUGCUCUAAAUCAUAUUCUUCCAGAGCAAAGAAAAGCUGCAGAAAACCGGGCAGAAAACCCUAGAAAAAACUUGCCGGCUUCAUCAAUGCAAGAUCAAUGUCAAUCCCCAAACAAUGUAAGAGCCGAGAAACCUUUGAUUGAUGCUCUCUCAAGUGGAAACCAGGCUGAGACGAAAAACUCGGAGGAGUCUACUUCCAAUGGAGCUGAUGACUCACAAGGAAGGCCAAUGUCUCCCAGUACACUAGCUUUGAUGUGCGAUGAACAAGAUACAAUAUUUACUCCUGAUGUCACCCCUAAUGGGCUACCAGGCCAUAAUGUUGUGACUACACAGUCACUGAAUAGGCAAGAUCUGACUGAAACCUAUGCAGAGCAAGAAAGAAUUGUUUUGACAAAAUUCCGUGACUGUCUUAACAGACUCAUCACAUUAGGAGAAAUAAAAGAAACGAAGUAUUCUUCGUUGGCACAAACAGAAUCACAUCAGCAAAAUGAGCUAACCAGCAAUGGCACGAAAUAUGUGAGAACUGAUACAAGGAGUCCACAACAACCAAUUAGCAAUGGUGUUGGAAAGUUGGUGUUUAACCACCCGGGACAUCUUCAAUAGGUAGUAUUGCAGCAGUAGUUGCUGCCAAUAAUGAGCCACAUUCAAAAAGUAUCUGCCCCCAGCGUACGCUGUGAAAAUGGGGUUGUAGUACCAAAAACUAAAGAGAGAUGUAAAUGUUUAGGAAAAGACAUUUACACAGAAAUAUGCUGAUCUCUGUAAUAUUAGGCUGGUUUGUGGUGCAGCGGCAAACAUUAAAUAGAGUCCAUUGUUAGCUAGGAUUGGGUAGAGUCUGAAACAUUUUUAUGUAUUCACUGAUACAUUAACUUAAUUUAAAAUUUUACAAAUAUUAUUGAAGAA